GGCCUGAUUAGCAAUAAAAUAUACUCACUAUAUCCCUUUCUCUGCCCGAUGCCGAAACCCUUGUUCUCAAAAUGCCUUCUCUCUCCAAAUCCACAUCCUCCGUUGCUUCUCCGCCUCCGGCAUCCGACUCAUUCGAUGGUGCAGCGGCUGAACGGCGUCUCCGAGAGGCGGAGGAUCGUUUGAGGGAGGCAAUUGAGGAAUUGCAACGCCGACAACGACGUGCUAAGAUGCUACAUCCACUAUGCGAUCACGCUGACGAGUCAUGUGUAGCCAACGCUAUUGGUAAUCUCUGUCAAAGUUUCCUUCUGUCCUAUGGUGUUCGUGUCGGCAUUGGAAUUUUGCUCCGUGCCUUUAAGCUCGCUCGUAGAAAAUCCUACUCGUCUCUUCUCGAUCUCAAGCAACUUGUAUCAGAGAAAGACUUGAUAGUGAGAGAGGAGGCAUGCCGGGUUGGUUUACUUUUUGGAGGAUUUACUGGUUCAUAUCAUGCUCUUAGAUGCUUGUUGAGGAAGUGGAGGAAGAAAGAAACACCAUUCAAUGCAAUUUUAGCAGGUUCAGUCGCAGGUUUGUCUAUUCUUGCAUUAGAUGAUUGCAACCGGAGGCGAACACUUGCUUUAUAUCUUCUUGCUAGGCUUGCUCAGUGUGCUUACAAUUCUGCAAAAUCGAAGAACAAGUUCCACCUAUGGGGAAGCUCAUGGAGACAUGGGGAUUCUUUACUCUUUGCUUUAUCAUGUGCUCAGGUCAUGUAUGCUUUUGUAAUGCGUCCUGAGAGCUUGCCAAAAUCAUAUCAAGAUUUUAUUCAGAAAACUGGGCCUGUUGCUCAGCCUGUAUACAAGGCUGUCAGGGAUUGCUGUAGAGGGUCCCCAGUAGAUAUUGCAUCGCUCUCUUCUUACUUAUCAACUGUGAAGGGUGCCGAUUUUUCGCCAUUGCAAGAGUUUCCUUCUAUCAUACCUUGUUCAGUAAUUCACCCAGGCACAAAAUCAUGUUUGGCUCAUAACGCUUAUGCAUCAUCAGCUACGUUUAAGAAAACAUUUCCCCUUUACUUCUCACUGACUUUUGUACCUUUCGUUGUUCUGCGUCUGCAAAAGUUCAUGGAUGCUCCAAUUAAGACCAGCUGGCAUGCAGUCAUAGGAGCUGUUCGCUCAACAGCAUUCCUGUCUUCGUUUGUUGGAAUCUUUCAGGGAGUCAUUUGCUUGCACAGAAAAGCGGCAUCACAAGACCACAAGCUUGUAUAUUGGCUUGCAGGUGGAUUAGCUGCAUUAUCUGUACUUUUGGAGAAGAAAGGUAGAAGAGGAGAACUUGGAUUGUAUGUUCUUCCACGAGCUGGAGAGUCUUUGUGGUAUAUAUUAGUCAACCGCCGCGUACUUCCAGAUAUCAAGAAUACUGAGGUGGCUCUGUUCUGUGCCUGUAUGGGUGGAAUGAUGUACUACUUGGAACACGAACCCGACACCAUGUCUCCAUUUCUGAGAAGCUUAAUUCGUCGCUUUCUUGCCAGUAGAAUUAGUAAUCCGGCCCCGCCAUCAAGUCGGAACCCCUCUUACAACUACUUACAAACUCUCGACGCCAUUAAAAAGCCAAAGUUGCAGAACCAAGAACCCGAAGCACAAACCUCAGAAAAAUACAAUCUUGAAUCUAUACCUGGACUUUGAGCAACUAAUCAUUAGCAGAAAGAGAGGCUAAUGGUGAAUUUAUGAGACGAUUGUUACAUGUUAUAUCCGAUAUUGGAUUUGUCAUAACCGGGUGGGUCUCUGUGAUCGACCCAUUUUGAUUCAACAUUUGUAGACUUUGGUUGUACAAUGGAGCUCAAGUUAUCCAUGUGUUUGUAAAUAUUAGAUGCUUGGUUGCAACUGGUUUCUGAUUUUUGAA